UGAAUCACUGAUAGUUUUCUUGGAAUGGGUUGAGCAGAAAUAAAUUUAAGGCACGGUGGUGGUAGUGCGGCACCUCAUUGGAGAUCUGCGUUAAUUAAGGCUGGCAAACCGGCAAGGCUGGUGAUUCUCCUGAUGUGUCCCAUUUACAAUUGCAUGUGAUUCCCUCUCCCCCAGCUUCACAUUUUCUUAUCUUCUUCAUUAUUCGUAUAUAAAUCACAGCCUCUCGGCUCCAACACCCUCCUGUUGCAAACCAUGGCUCUUUUACCUCUUAAACCCAUUCUUACUCUUUCCAUAUUCUGUCUGGUUGCUGAAGCACAGCUUGAGCAGCAAAGCUUCCAGCUGCCUGCUGAGCCUCUUGAAUGGCCAUCUUCAACAACGAUGCCUUUCUACGAUGAUGAGGUGGGUGGCAGUGGCAGCGAAGACGAAUACGUUGAGAGAUGGAAUACUGAAAAAAGAUCUCUUUAUGGGAAAGCAAUGCAUUAUUACAUAUCGUAUGGUGCUCUGUCAGCAAAUAGAAUACCUUGCCCACCUCGAUCAGGGAGGUCGUACUAUACUCGCAAUUGUUUCAGAUCGAGAGAGCCGGUUAACCCUUACACUAGGGGCUGCUCUUGCAUCACUCAUUGCAGGAGAUAGUUUUGCUGUUUAGUAUUUGGGUUGGGCUUAUGGUGCGCUGACAUGUCAAGUCUCAAUGGAUUGUGGUUCCGGCCUUCAGUUCUGAAUUCAAGGCUUGCAAUGCAAUGUGGCAGUUCUUCUUUUUAUGUUUUUAGCUUAUCAUUUUCGUUAUUUAAUGAUGAUGAUUAUUAUUAUUAUUAUUGCUACUGUAAUACGUUAUUAUCUUCGAAGUUCAAAUCAUAAAACGAUUCCGUU